AUGAUUUCGGGUAAAGCCCGUGAGGAAAAGAAUUGGACUAAGAAUUGUAGGGCUUUACCCCGAGGGGAGCCCUUCCAGAAAUUCUCGAAGGCCACGGGCAAGCCGCGGCCUAAGAGGGGGUUUGGAAAUAGUUUUCAACCAGCAAUUGACGCGCCUCGGUUAUUACCUCACUAG